AUGGCAUCAACUACAUUAAUCACCAAGUUUGCUCACUUACAAAUCCCACUUGAAGACGUACUAAACGCCACCAACAACUUUCAUCAUGAUAAUAUCAUCGGACGCGGUGGAUUGGGACAUGUAUACAAAGGACAACUCCAGCGGUCCGGGGAGUUGAUCAAGAUUUCUGCGCUGAGGUUAGAUUGUAAGCACGGUGGAGGAGUCGUCGAGUUCUGGACAGAAGUUUCAAUGCUUUCUGAUCUCAAGCAUCCAAAUAUAGUCUCUAUUGUUGGAUUUUGUUACGAGAAAAACGAGAGGAUCAUCGUAACCAUGUAUGAGGCCAAAAAUGGAAGUCUCAAGGAGCAUCUAAGCAACCCGAACCUCACAUGGACGCAAAGAUUGAAGAUAUGUGUGGGCGUGGCUCGUGCGUUGAGUUACCUCCAUUAUGACCAAGAACGUGGUUAUGGUGUUAUACAUCUUAACAUCAAUAGCUCUACAGUUUUAUUAGAUGAGAAUUGGGAACCCAAGAUAUCUGGUUUCAAAGUUUCCAUCAAACAAUCGCUUAACCGAAUGGACCAGGUGAUCCUCUCUGAACCUAUUGGCACGAUAGGGUAUAUGGACCCGACAAUUGAAAAAGCCAAAGGUGUGACACACAAGUCGGAUAACUAUUCAUUCGGAGUAGUUUUGCUUGAAUUGUUGUGCGGGAGGAAGGCAUUUAUUCCGAACGAUGGUCAUAGGUUACUAGCUCCAUUCGCCAUACAUCAUUUUGAAAACACAACAUUGCAAGAUAUAAUCUAUCCAGAUCUACGGAGUCAAAUGUCCUUUCAAUCACUCACCAAAUACUCAGAAGUAGCGUAUUGUUGCUUAAAGAAGGAGCGAAGACACCGCCCACAUAUGAAAAAUGUUCUUGAAGAACUUGAAAAAACAUUGCAAAUUCAACUGCGACAUGAAGAUGUUGUAAGUCCCUUCUAUAUUAUUGCCUUUAUUCUCCUUUUUCCUAAUUUCGUCAUUAUUGCAUAA